UCAGUCGGUCAGUCCGUUUUGAUCGUUUGAAAAGUGAAGACGAAAUAAAUUAAAUAUUAUUUCUUAUUAUAAAUAGAUUCAAAUUUAUUAAAUCAAAAUGAAAGUGCUCGCACUCAUAGUUUUGCUUUCGAUUGCUAUUUCUUCGGCACACGCGCGACUUAAGUGCAACGAGAAAUCGUCUGAUAUUCCUCGUGAUUUUUUGGACAUGACCCGUGGCUGCAUCAAGGAAGUGCGUCGUCAAAUUCAAGCUGAAAUAGAUGCUUCCAUGCAAUAUUUGGCAAUGGGAGCUCAUUUCGCCAAAGAUACGGUCAAUUUGCAUGGUUUUUCCGAUUUUUUCUUCAAAGCUGCUGGCGAAGAGCGAGAACAUGCCACCAAAUUAAUUGAAUAUUUGUUAAUGCGUGGCCAAUUAACCGAUGACGUAUCCAAUUUGAUAAGCGUUAAUAAUCCCCAAAAAGUGUCCUGGGCCAACGGUUCCGAAGCAUUGAAGCAAGCCCUCAAGACCGAAGCAAAAGUUACCAAAAGUAUCCGUAAUGUUAUCGAAAAAUGCGAAAAUGAUUAUAACACCAAUGAUUAUCAUCUUGUCGACUUUUUGACCGGUGGAUUCCUGCAAGAACAAUAUACAGGUCAACGUGAUCUUGCUGGAAAGAUUUCAACAUUAGAUAAAUUGAUGGCCACACAAGGUCGAUUUGGAGAAUUUUUAUUCGACAAACAAAUCUUGAAGUAGAAACUCAAGCAAUUCACAAUUUUAAAGCACACAAAAUUGUCAUUUUGUUUGUGCGGUGAUCAAAAGAUCAGCACUUUCUUUUUAUCACAUAUUGCAAUUGAAAUAACGGAUGUGAAUUGCAAUGUUGUUGGCCAGAUUAAAUGUCCUUCAUUUAAACUUCACUUUUGUGUAUCGUAUUGAAUAAAAGCAUAAAAAGAAUUUAUAAA